UUCACCGUAAAGGAAGCAAUCAAUCUAUCCUUCAAAGAAGUGAUAAAGGAUAGUCUAACGGUGGCGUAUACUUGGUUCGGAUCUAAACAAGGACCACGACCCUUGUAUAGGACUCGCAUAAUAAUGGCAAUUUAUGAAGCCGUUUGUAACAGUCGACAUUUCAAUAAACCGACUAGAGCAGAAUUCCAAGCGUAUGCGAGAGAGGCUUUGCGGUCAGCGAAACAAAGGCACAGGAUGGCUACCCAACAAGUGCGACAGAAUAGAGAACAAGGCAGAACAGCACGUGAUUACUGGAAUGACUGUAACGAAAAUGAAAAUGAAGAUCAUUCAGAUGUGGAGUCCAAUAUAGGUUCAAAUGUUGAAGAGAAGAAUUAA